GCAGCAGUUUCAACAUCUGGAGUUUCCCCGAACUGCAGUGUAGUCAGAGAUUGUCAUUCUUUGAGAAUGGCGGUGGAUUAUGUCAAGAGUGGGAUGGUCUUGGGGCUGGGAACAGGCUCCACUGCAGCAUUUGCUGUUGCAAGGAUCGGAGAGCUCCUGCAGAAUGGGACAUUGAAGAACAUUGUGGGAAUUCCAACCUCAAAGAGAACGGAAGAACAGGCUGCGUCUCUUGGCAUUCCACUCUCUGGCCUGGACGAUCAUCCAGUGAUCGAUUUGGCAAUUGAUGGGGCUGAUGAAGUCGAUCCGGACCUUAACCUCGUCAAGGGACGUGGUGGGGCUCUUCUUCGUGAGAAGAUGGUUGAGAUGGCCUCGAAAAAGUUUGUUGUGAUCGUCGAUGACACAAAGUUGGUUGAUGGGCUAGGAGGUAGUGGUUUGGCAAUGCCCGUGGAGGUCGUACAGUUCUGCUGGAAGUACAAUUCAUACAGGCUCCAGAAUCUUCCUGAGAUUGCAGGCUGUGAGGCUCGUCUGAGGAUGGAUGGUGACAAGCCAUAUGUGACUGACAAUUCAAACUACAUCAUCGAUCUGUACUUCUCGACUCCGAUCAAGGACGCUCAAGCUGCAGCGAAGGCAAUCUCAUCGUUGGAAGGGGUGGUUGAUCACGGUCUGUUUCUGGACAUGGCAACUGCCGUUAUAAUUGCGGGGAAGGAAGGAAUCGAAGUGAAGGAGCGUUGAUUGGUCGACUUGACGUGCACUUGUGCCUCCUAUCUCUCAAGGAGAGAGAGAGAGAGAGGGUCUUCGACAUUCUUCCUCACUUCGUUUGCAACGAACUGAGUCAUAUCAUAGGGUUCGUUAUCUGCUUGAUAACCCCUUGUGUUGCACGCAUGCGCUGUGGCCAAGAAAGACUGUCAUCAAGAGUUGUUGAGAUGGGACGGACACGGCGUGGACUUAUAUGAUGGUAAGUUGGCGUCCGACAACAACGAAAGCACGGCUUGCAAUAUAAUAGCUCUGUUAGGAUUGAUGGGGGGCUUCUGAGUCGUGUCUGAAUUUUGCCCAAUUCUGAAGUUCUGAAGUUUGUCGUAGUAAUUUCCUAAGUAGCUCCAAUUUUUCUUAGCCAAAGCCCCAGGUAAUGGCGCCGGUAUCUCAAACUUUCAAAAUUCGAUGUAAAUUUCCAUAUGGGACGCUGGGCCCGGUUCCCAGCACAUGCUGCUCCCCACGAAUAGAUUGGAGCCUUGUUCCCAAAAAAAAAAAAAACGUCUCACUGCUUGAUAAAGCCCUUGUUGCUUUCAAAAAAAAAAAAAAAAAAGCCCUUGUUGUGCCCGGCGUAUCCGCUGUGCCCAAGAAAGGCCAUCAACAAGAGUUGUCGGGAAGGGACAGGAGAAGGGACACUCCGUGGACUUAAUAUGAUGGUAAGUUGGUCUCUCAGGCAGCGACGGAAGCACGACUUGCAAGCCUGCAAGUGUACCUCUGUUAUCUCUGGCCAACGUCCGGUGUUAGUGGGUUUGAAGAGGGGUGGUUCGACUGGUACAUCUUGGCUUCUCCACAUUGCAGGUUUUCUGCGCGUCCAUGAGCUGAUACUUGGUACACAGUGGCAAGCACCGGGCAUCAAAAGAAGAGGAAGGGAGAGCGGCGGAAACCGACAAAAAGAGAGGGGAACAAGCAGGGUGUGUGCAUUAUAUUUCAGA